AUGUACAGAUAUCUUAAGAAACAUUAUUGGUGGCACAACAUGAAGCGAGAAAUUGCCCAGUUUGUUAGUCAGUGCUUGACAUGUCAACAGGUGAAGGCCUCAAGACAGAGGCCUGCAGGGUUGUUACAACCUUUGAGUAUACCUGUCUGGAAGUGGGACGACGUGGCCAUGGACUUCAUUAUAGUUUUACCGAGAACGAUCAAGGGAUACAUAGUGAUUUGGGUGGUUGUGGAUCGUUUGACAAAGUCUGCCCAUUUCAUACCAGGCAAGGCCACCUAUUCGGUAGAAAGGUGGGCAGAGCUUUAUUUGCAGGAGAUAGUUAGACUUCAUGGUAUACCGAUCUCCAGUUCAUUGGGACAAGUUGGCGAGAGGGUCCUGUUGGGACCAGAGUUGGUGCAGAAGACGAAUGGUGCCAUCCAAAGGAUUAGGGCAAGGAUGCAGACGGCUCAAAGCAGACAGAAAAGCUAUGCCGAUAAUAGACGAAACGAGUUAGAGUUCAAUGUCGGCGACCACGUUUUUCUCCGUGUGGCACCGGCGAAAGGAAUCCUACUCUUCGAUAAGAAGGGGAAGCUCAGUCCGAGGUAUAUUGGCCCUUUUGAGAUCUUGGAGCACGUUGGCCCAGUUGCCUACAAGUUGGCCUUGCCUCCAUCUUUGGCUGCGGUGCAUAACGUGUUCCAUGUGUCCAUUCUGAGGAAGUACGUCUAUGACCCUCUUCACGUAUUGGAUCCCGAACCGUUACCGUUAGAUGGAACCUUGUACUAUGAGGAGGUACCUGUCGAGAUCUUAGCAAAGGAAACCAAGAUGUUGAGAAAUCGGGCUAUUGACUUGGUGAAGGUUCUAUGGAGAAAUCACCAAGUGGAGGAGGCUACUUGGGAAAGAGAAGAUGAGAUCCGAACCAAAUAA